CUCGUUCGUUUGGAUUCUUGAUCUCUAUCACUCUGCAAUAGACUCUCGUCUCUAUUUUUCUGCACAGUCGGUGUUCCCUCUUCUUGUUGAGAUCCCGCUACAACUUCUACUGAUGCUCCGUUGUCACAAAAAAAAAAUUGGAACAGGAAUAUUGCAAUAUCCAGCGAGGCCUAACAAUAAUAGAAGAAGUCACAAAAACAAGAGCAGUAGGGAAAAAAAUAUCAGUGCAGUGAAAAAAGAAAGGCCAAGCCAUCAAAUCUGCAAAGUUUAUAAGUUAUAUUGGGGUUAUGGCAAAGACAACUGUACCUAUCACGUAGAAAUCUUGGCACAAAGUUGAUCAAGCCACGAAGGACAUUGUUUAGGAGACUGUAUCUUCAGGAUUUGAAAUAGACGAGAGCAGGAAGGAUUUUGCCCUUCAAAAGGCUGGGAGGGCAUUACGGUCUUUCAGACAUUUUAUUACACAAAAAUAUUUGAAAGACCCUAAUGCUGAAUUUGUAGCCCAAGUUCCUCCCCUAUUACAGCCUUUAGUAAAGCAAGAAGAUUGGGAUGCUUUUGUUGUCUCUCGGCGCGAGAAGGAAUUUAAGGAAUUGAGCGCCCAAAAUAAGAAGAGAGUGGCCAAGAAUGAAUAUCCUUACAUAACAGGGAGCUUAGGGUAUGCAGGCAUGGAGCAGAAAGAAGUUGAGGCUGAGGGAUCAGAUGUUACCAUAUCCUGCCAAAGACUCUGGGCAUUGGCACGAACAAAUAAAGAUGGAGUGAUCGACAACCCUCGUGUGAAAGAGGUUGCUAAAAAAAUUGAUUCCCUCUCUCAAGAAGUAUCACAGGGCGAGCUUCUUGAGCAUGAGGAUAUCUUAGCUAGAGUAUUGGGGACCCCUGACCACCCUGGUCGUGUUAGGGGUGUUGGCUUCGGUGUCACAAAGAAGCAAUACUUUGGCAAGAUUAAGAAGCGAACAUGGGCUUCUUCAUCAGAGGUCCAAGAGUUGAGAGAAGAGCAAGCUGUUAUGAAGCAACAGCUAGAAGCCCAAGUGAAGUUAAUUGACAUGCUAUUGAAGGGCUAGAUCCUUGGGAGGCUUUUAGGUGACAUUAGCCCUAGUAGAAAAGAUAG